CUGGGCGGGGCCUGGAGUGUUGUGCUUAGCAGCUGCUCUGCUUCGGUGUAGAAGUGACAACAACAUGGUGCUGAGAGGCUGCAGGAGGCUCCUCGCCCCUCUGCUGGGCCCUGGCUGGGCGGGGAGGGACCCCAGGGUAAGGGCCCCCAGCUCCGUGCCUGCCAGGAUGUGCAAUAUCACUGCCUGCUCCUACAAGCUGAGUCUUGUUCCCGCAGUGCACCCCUUAUGGAAAGGACCGACGGAGGUUCCCGGAGGCGCCCGCCAGUCGCCCAUCGACAUCCGCGUGCGGGACAGCAUCUUCCACCCCCAGCUGACCCCCAUCAAGACCCAGUAUGACCCCAACACCUGCCUGCACGUCUGGAACAACGGCUACGCCUUCCUGGUGGAGUACGACGACUGCACCAACAAGUCCGUGGUGAGCGGGGGACCCCUGGAGAACCCCUACAGGCUGAAACAGUUCCACUUCCACUGGGGGGUGAACAACGACUGGGGCUCCGAGCACACGGUGGACAGCAAGGUGUUCCCGGCAGAGCUGCACCUCGUGCACUGGAACUGCUCCAGGUAUCAAAGCUUCGAGGAGGCCAUUAUGGAGGAGAACGGUCUGGCGGUUAUCGGAGUGUUUUUAAAGGUUGGCCAGCACCACUCGAAGCUGCAGAAGUUGGUGGACAUUCUACCCUCGGUCAGAUACAAGGACUCGCUUACUGAAUUCAAUUACUUCGACCCCUCCUGCUUUCUGCCAAGCUGUAACGACUACUGGACAUAUGCUGGAUCCUUGACCACGCCGCCGCUGACCGAGUCCGUGACCUGGAUUAUGAUGAAGAAACCCAUCGAGGUCGACCACAGUCAGUUGGCCGUGUUCCGCAGUCUCCUCUACAGCGCCGUGGGGGAGGAUGAGAAGAACAUGGUGGACAACUUCCGCCCUCUUCAGCCGCUCAUGAACCGCACCGUCCAUGCCACCUUCCAGCCGGCGCUCAAGCUCUCCGACGCCAAGCCGCAGCGGCAGCAGUCCACGUAAACGCCUCGCUUGCCGGUGGCCCGAGUCAGAUACCG